CAUCAGCUGUUCAGACGAUACGACGGCGUGUCCCUCGGUCUCAAUCUCUCCCUCUUGUUGCUCCCACCAGUCUCCCUCGUCAGCGCCAUCGCGGCCACCUCUCCUUUUCUCACGCUCACCCGCGCAUGCAUUCUCGUCCUUCCUACCUACGUUGCAUCGCUCGUUCUCUCAACGCUGAUCUACCGCCUCUCACCCUUCCACCCACUCGCCCAAUACCCCGGGCCCCUGGGAUGUAAACUGACCAAGUUCCGGAUGGCCUUCCUCGGUGCUACAGGUCGUCAGCACGUGUACAUCCAGCACCUACACGAACGCUACGCGUCGGAUAUCGUGCGCAUCGGCCCCAACGAACUUUCGAUCCGCGACCCGACUGCCGUGCCUGCAGUCCUGGGUCCGUCCGGGGUGAAUCGAAAGGGCCCUUACAUGAAGGGCAUGCUCCUCAAAGCGGAGCCGCUUACGAUGAUCGCGAUCCAAGACACGGACGAGCAUGUGCAGCGUCGGCGCUCGUGGCAGCGCGGGCUCUCGCAGGCGGCGCUGAAAGACUACGAGGUGAUGGUCUCCCGGCGGGCUCGGAUGCUCGUCGACCGCCUGGGUGAGUCCAAGGGCGCGGAGGUCUGCCUUGACGAGUGGUUCGACCGUUUCUCGUAA